AUCGCACUGGCGCCCGACGGCGAUCGGUCGGUGCUGGCAGCCAUUGCGACCAUGGACCGCGAGCAGCUGGCCCAGGCGGUGGUUGAACUGACUGCGGAGCUAGCCACCAGCGCGCGCCACGGGGCGGCUGCCAGGAAGCUUGCCGAGCGCAGGCGCCAGAAGCUGGUCGUCAAGACUCGGAAGCAGGCGAUGCAGAUCACAGCGCUGCAGGCGCGACUGAGAGGCUUCACGUUCUUGAAGGAGACGCCGAAGCAGCGGCGGCGAGCUGCUGAGCCCGCGGCGCCACUCCGACAAUGGCUGUCCCGCGAGGGCUGGCACCGCCUCGGGUUCAAGAGGAAUUACGGGUAC